AAAUAGAUAAAUACUUAUUUAGACUUAUAAUUAAAUUAAUAAUAAAUAAAGCUUAAUUUAGUAAAUCUAAGAAAAAUGGAAAUAAUAUCGAAGCAAAUAUUUAAUAAUAUUUAAUAGACUUAACAAGCUCAAGGUCAACAAACUUUCAAAUUAGCUUUCAGCCUAUAUUAAAAGCUUGCUAAUUCUUAAAAUUUAGUAUUUUCUCCUGCAUCUAUAUAUCUGGCACUUGCUAUGGUUGCUAUAGGAUCUAAAGAGCAAACAUUAUAGGAGUUUAAAAAUUUACUUGAUUUUAAUGAUAUCAAUUAACUUUCUAAAGCCACAGCAAGCAUUUUAAAAAUACUAUAAAAAGAUGAAAAUAAUCUUAAAGCACAUAUUGCAAAUAAGGUGUACUCAGGAUUACCUGAAUUAGGUGCAGAUUAUUAGCUGAUUGUAUCUUAAAAUUUAGGCGCAACUAUUGAAAAAGUAAAUUUUAUUUAGUAUUUUGAGCAAAUCAGAACCUAAAUAAAUGAAUGGGUUUAACUCGUUACCUAGUAAAAAAUUAAAAAUUUACUCCCUCCAGGUAGCUUAAAUUAAUCAACAGCUAUGGUAUUGGUGAAUGCUAUCUAUUUUAAAGGAGAUUGGUUUAAAAAAUUUGAUAAAAAAAAGACAUAAAAAUUAGACUUUUUCUUAGAAUAUGAAAAUGCUGGAUAAAAAAUCAAGACAGAUAUCAUGUCUAUAUAAGAAUAUUUUGAUUAUUAUGAAGAUGGAAACUUUUAAUAUAUUUAAAUUCCUUAUAAAGGUGGAUAAUAUUCAAUGGAAAUACUUUUGCCAAGAUCUUCAAUUCAAUAGUUUGAGUAAACACUUUCUGACUAAGUAUUUUAAAAAGCGAGGGUGAAUAAAUUUAAUAAAAAAUUAAAGUUGUACUUACCUAAAUUCAAAAUAUAACCUGAAUCUGUAAUAGACUUACAAUAUAUUCUAAAGUAAUUAGGAAUCACAACUGCUUUUUCAAACAAUGCUGAUUUUUCCUUUAUGGAUCCAACCAAAAAAGUGGUUUUAUCUAAUGUUUAUCAUAAAUCUGUUAUAGAAGUUAAUGAAGAUGGAGCAGAAGCAGCUGCAUCAACAGCUGUAGUAAUGCAAUUAUCAAUUUAAAAAGAUAUUUAAAUGUUGUGUAAUAAACCAUUUAUUUACUCUAUCACACAUAUACCCAGCUAGACUAUUUUAUUUUUAGGGAAAGUAACAGACCCUUCAAAAUUAAGUUGA